AACAUGGCGGCUUACUUAGUUGCCACCCAUGCGCUAGCUUUAGCUAGAAUGUUCUAGCGUCUUCAUGUGUCUACUAGGUUAAAGAGGCGUCCACCUUCUGGGCCGUCAAAAAUAGUCCGUGUUUACAUUUGUUCAGUAUCAUUUCAUGAACCUCUAAAGCAACAUGGCAGAAGACGGACAAAAUAGAAGAUACCCUCAGAAUCUUCAGGGGGUCCUGCAGUUGGCAAUCGAUGCUGGCUCCGGUGCAGAGGGGCCUGCUCCUGUCGAACCCAUUUCGGAGGAGAGGAGUGCGUGGCUAAGGGAGGCUCUCGCAGAUGUCUGCAAAGGGCAGAUGGAUGAAGUGGAGCAGAUGAAGCAGUGCUUGGCUGUCCUGAACAAGGAGGAGCUGAACGGUGAGGGGGAUAGGGAUGAGGAAGAUGAAGAUGAGCGGGAAUCAGCCUUUGAGUUGCUGUCAGAUUUGUGUGAGAACCUUGACAAUGCCAGAGACCUGAUGGUUCUGGGAGGCCUGGAUGUGUGCGUGUCCAAAUAUUUGUGUCAUGCCCAAAGUAGGCUGAGGCGGAGCGCUGCUCAGCUGAUCGCUACCUGUGCCCAGAACAUGCCACAAGUGCAGGAUCACUUGCUAAAGAUGAGCACUUUACCAAAGCUUCUACAGCUGACAGACUCAGACCCCCAUCCCACAGUCAGAGUCAAAGCCCUUUAUGCAGUCUCAUGUCUGGUCCGAGAGAAGGACACGGGAAUGGAGGCCUUUUUGUCCCAUGAUGGCUUCUCAGUGCUAAUGAGAGGCAUGCAGUCAGAACAUGAGAAGCUCCAGACCAAGUCGGCGUUCCUUCUGUUCAACCUGCUGACGUCACAUCCUGAACAAAAAGACACAGUGGUCUCCAUGGGGAUGGUGCAGCAGCUGGUCUCGGUGCUGCGUUGUCCACACUCACCUUUUCAUGAGCACGUGCUUGGUGUUCUUUGCUGCCUGGUGGAAGACUGUGUGAAGGGGCUCAAAGAUUGUAGGGAUCCAUCUCUCGGUCUCGAAGAGUUACUGCGACUGCGCGCCAGAGAACUCCAAGGCCAAGAAGAAAGUCAGGAAGAGCUGGAAUUCUGUGAACGCUUAAGGGUGGCUUGUUUCCGUGGACACCAGCCCGAUGACCAUGGGAUGGACCGCUGACCUCAAAUGUGUUGUUGUUGUUGUUAGUGUGCUAAUAUACAUUCAUCAUCUGGAUUUAUGGUUAAAGUGUUUGUCAGUCAUUUUCUGCAUGUCAUCCAACAUGGUAACUUCUUCAGUGUUGUAAGACAGUGCAAGUAGUUUGUAAAAUGUCUGUUUCAAUACCUGUGGAACUGUUUUCACUCCUCAAAGGAAUUUUAAGUUGUCUGUUAAAACAAGACUCAGAUAUUGUAUAUGGAUGUCAUCAAUUUUCUUUACACCAUAUUUAUGAACAAAGAGUAUUUUUAUAGCUAUAGCAAGCUCACAUGAACAGCUUUUGCUUUAAUAUGAAUUUUACAUGUCACUGUUAUAUUCAAAUAUGGCAAUAAAAUUAGUCCAAAACA